AAAUAGGACCCGGCCUCUCCUCAGCGCCAUAUUGAGCUCGGAGCACCAGAGGAGGUUGGUUUGAAUAAACGACAAAAUGUCUGACGAAGGAAAGCUUUUUAUUGGCGGUCUGAGCUUCGACACCACGGAGCAGUCCCUCGAGGACGCCUUCUCCAAAUAUGGCGUCAUCACCAACGUUCACGUUGCCAGAAACAGAGAAACAAACCGGUCGAGGGGAUUUGGCUUUGUCACAUUUGAGAACCCUGAAGAUGCAAAAGAUGCCAUGGAGGGAAUGAAUGGAAAAUCUGUGGACGGCAGGGCAAUCCGAGUGGACGAAGCUGGAAAGGGUGGAAGUGGCCGCUCUGGAGGUGGUGGAUACAGAGGUGGCAGUGGAGGAGGAAGAGGGGGCGGAUACUUCCGUGGAGGUAGAGGGAGAGGUGGUGGCAGCUAUGGCGGUGGCGAUCGUAGCUAUAGCGGUGGCGACCGUAGCUACGGCAGCACAGAUCGUGGUUAUGGUGGAGAUCGGGGAUAUAGUGGUGGCUACAAGAGUGGAGGUGGUGGCGGCGGCGGUGGAGGAUAUAAUAGAGACAGGAGUUCCAGCUAUGGAGACCGUGGCAACUCCUACAGAGACAACUAUGAUGGAUAUGCUGCACACGAAUAAGGCCCAAGACCCAACUCUUCACUGGCUGUGUAUUCUAAAGACGCGCUCCUCAAGGAUCUAUCCAUUCAUGUAGUAGCUUUCUUUGUUUAAAAAAAAAAAAAAAAAACAGCUGAAAUGUGGGACAGGGAGUUCUUCAUGUUGGCUGUGAAAUGUUUCUCUGCUACCACAAUGGUUAUUUGGGUUAUUUUUUUUUUGCGUAAUUUUCUUUCAUUUUCUUUUUUUUUUAUACUUCUGAAUAAUGAGCCUCAUGUAAAAUCUUAUUCCUCUUGGUCUGUUCUGGCAGGCUGCCACAGUAUUGCUAUCCACUAGCAAAUUUUCCAUUUUAAUGGAGGUCCUUUAUUUUAUAUUUUGGGUUGCCCUGUUUUAGUGAACAACUACCUCUUUAAAAGGACCUUUUAAAGCAGCUGUGGAAGUUUCAAGGCUAAAAGUUGUAGUAAUACAAUAAAAUGAUCAAUUUGA